UGGGAGUUAAAUUUUAGGAAAAAUGUCACAUUCCUUACUUGAGAUGUCCGAUCGGCAAGUCAAAGACCCUAUCUUCUCAGAGCAUUUCGGGAAUAGCUCAGAGAUGGAAGAAAGUUAUCUGUCAAAGAUUUGGUUUACUGAAUCCAAACCUUCAUAUAUUACAGCUAGCUUUAAUAUGUUUAAGCUUGCAGUAUUUUCGAUUUUUGGAUUGAUGAUGCGAAGAGGGCUUGAGAUCGUGAAUCUCCUGUUCAUUGGCAGUCUCGGAGACUCAACAUUUAUCUCAGGAUAUGGAAUAGCAUUUACUACUAUAGGGAUCACUACAAUUUCUCUAGGAGUAGGCAUGGCUGGAGGAGUCGAGACACUAUCUUCACAAGCCUUUGGACAUAAGAAGAACUAUUUAGCUAAUUGUUAUUACACCAGAGCCCAAGUAAUCCUCACAUUGCUUUUCAUCCCUCAAGCAAUUGUUAUGUAUUUCAUCACUCCUAUUUUGAUUGCUCUUGGUCAGCCUGAGAAAUCAUCUGAGCAUGCAGGAACAUACAUCAGCAUCACUCUCCCUGGAGUUUGGUGAUAUGCUCAAACAGAGCUUUUGCGAAGAUAUCUCCGAACCCAGGGAGCUUUCCACAUAAUGGCAAACACACAAAUGGUGAAUCUAUUGCUUCAUCCUUUAUGGCUGUAUUUCUUCAUCUACGUCUGAGAUUUGUCCUUCAAAGGGGUUGCUUGCGCAACCCUUGUUACCUAUGCAAUGAAUUUUGCUCUUCCUACUGUGUAUAUAACAUUAAGAAAGUCAGCUGUCAAAGAAGAUAGCUGGCAUUUCAUCAGCAAAGACUCCUUCAAAGGUAUUAUGGAGUACCUCAGAUAUGGUAUCCCAUCCAUGAUCAUGGUGUGUCUUGAGUACUGGGCUUUUGAGUUUAUUAUGAUAAUGUCUGGCCUUGUUGGAGAAUAUGAACUAGCAGCUUGCUCGAUUCUCUUCAAUAUGGGCUCACUCAUAAACUCUAUUGCAAUAGGAUUCGGACUGGCUUCCAACACUUUCAUUGGAAAUAAUUUAGGAGCAAAUAUUCCUGAAACUGCAAAAAUGUAUUUGAACAUAUCGUUUCUAUUUUCAUUGAUCUUCCCGUUCAUCAUUGGAAUUCCAAUGUACAUCUUCAGAUACAAGGUAGGUUACAUCUUCACAGAUGAUGAGAACGUCGUCUCUCUGGUAGGAUAUGCUUUCCCAGUGAUGAUCCUUCUAAACUUUGGAGAUUACAUCCAAGGAAUUUUACAAGGAGCCAUUAAAGGAAUGGGAUAUCAAAGCAAAGUAGCCUAUAUCUGCCUUAUCUGAUAUGUAUGAGUGUCUCUUCCUUUAUCAUACUACUUUACAUUUGAGUUGAACUACAACCUCAGAGGUCUCUGGGGAGGAGUCACCGUUGCUUCCACCAUAAUAGGAAUCUGGUACAUUUACUUAGUCUACUCAGCUGAUCUUGAAUACCUCGCUAAAGAAAUAUCUGAGAAAAUUCAGAAAAAGCACGAAGAUAUGAAGCACGAAAGGAUCAGUGAUGACAAACUAGGAGAAUCUCUGGAUUCCAAUCUCGACUAGUCAGAAGAUCUCUGCCAUAGAAUUCUCAAGAAGAAAUUAGCCAGUAAAUUUCAAUGUUUAA